AUGCCAGCGCUGAUGCCGUUCCCGCGCCAGCGGCGAGGCCUGCUGGGCGCCCUGCUCCUGCGGGCUUUGCUGGGCGUCGCCGGCGGGGAGGACGACGAGUGGGGCAUGCCCGGCACCGGCACGGACGACGAGCAGGGCGCUAACGGCACGGGCAUCGCGUGCGGCACCCUCGUCGAGGCAGAGAACUUGACGGAGUUGCAGGACUACUUACUUACUGGGCCGAAACACAUUUUCAUGGACAUCGACGAGGUCGUUACCAUGCCAGAUUUCCCCUUCGCGGGGGGCCUGCCAUACACCGAGACCUUUCUGAACACGGUCAAGUCAUCAAGUGCCAGCUGCAAGUUGUCGCAGGCCCAUUGGCCGAAGAUAUUUGGCUUCCUGGACAGAGGCCGCGUCGCGGCGCCCUUCAAGCUGGUGGACAGCGCGUUCCCCGCCGUGAUCAGGGACCUGAGACUCUCAGAGAAGUCGGUCCUGGCGCUCACCACGCGGGACAAGAAGUGGGGCUUCACGUUCUCGUUCAGCGGGGAGCGCUUCAUGAGCACCCACGCGUUGGUGGAGUUCCUGGUGAAGUCCGGGGUCAAGUUUGACCCGCUGCCCAGGAAGGCGAAGAAGAUCGGCAACGCCACGAAGGCUGGGGCGAUACUCUUCGGCGGCAUGACCGCCAUGGGGAGGCACCUUACAGAG